AUGCAGUUUCUGUCAAGGCUCAUGCGGGGCUCACCGAGUCAAAAAGAUUUGGCGUGGAAAGGUGCGGUAUAUUCCGAUCAACAGGCUUUUAAGUAUCCUAGUUGGAGUCACUGUAUCACUGAGGGUCGUGUCGCCACCUCACUACUCGUAGAUCACCGCUCACCUGUCCCAUUUGUCGUGCCUCCGCCUCACCGCUUGUCGCACGCAUUCGCCGCUCGUCUUUCACCAAUUGUCGCGGCCUCUCCAUGCCUUUCACCGCUCGCUGUGCCGGCGCCUCGCCGCCGCUGGUGUUUUCUUAAUUUUGCCGACAAGAGUUGA